AUGGCUAAAGCUUUAGCAAAUAGACUCAAAGUCACCCUAGCUGAUAUUGUUGCUGAAAAUCAAAUGGCUUUCAUUAAAGGAAGACAAAUUACCGAUGCAAUUCUCAUUGCAAAUGAAGAAAUUGACUCGUGGAAGCAAAAGAAAACAAAAGGCUUUGUCCUAAAGCUAGACAUAGAAGAGGCGUUUGAUAAAAUCAGCUGGAGAUUCAUCAACUUCAUGCUUGCAAAGAAAAACUUUCCCAUCAAAUGGAGAAAAUGGGUUAAUGCAUAUAUCAACAAUGUUCAAUAUUCUAUCCUUCUAAAUGGGAAUCCAAAAGGAAGAAUAAAAGUGGAAAGAGGCAUAAGAUAG